AUGAAUUUCACAUCGACACCCAGCGCUUUAUUAUCAUCACCGGCGCAUUCGACGCUAUGGUUUCGAUGUUUCAACGACCUUCGUCUGAUGUCGGACCUCGAAAAACACAUCAACAAUUACAUCUUCCCGAUUCAAUUCAUCAUCACCGUCGUGGGAAAUCUGCUGACAAUGACGGUUUUGCUCGGCGGACACAUCAAAAAUAGAGCCAAUCAUCUUCUCACUUCCCUUGCCCUAUGCGAUAUGUUCGUUUUCGUCAUGAUGGUCCCACAUUAUUUAUCAUCGCUCGACGUUUUCUCUCAAUCAAAUCGCUUCCGAUUGUUUCACUAUCAAUCGAAGCCCCAUUUUGGAGCUCUGAGUAAUUGGUUCUCAGCGGCGGCUAUUUGGUUUGUUUUGGCAGUGUCCUUAGAAAGAUUAUUGAUCAUCAAGUUUCCAUUCAGGUCGCUUGAUGUUUAUAACGUAAAACAAAUGAUUAUAAUUUCUGUGGGAAUCAUGCUCGCAACAUUGAUUUUAACGAGCUAUCACCACAUUUCCCAUUCUUGCCUCUUAUUCAUCGCAUGCUACGGGACCCAAGUUUUGGGGAAAUGCUACCCGAAUACCGAAGACACAAUUGGCAAACGUCCAAAUCCGACAAGUCAUUUUACUAAGCAGUAUCUUCACGUGUCCGUCUACGCGAAUGCGAUUCUCGCAGUGCUUCUGCCGAUUUUUGCAGUCGCUAUAAUGAAUAUCAGUCUGAUCAGGCUGGUGAAAAGAAGGCAUUCGGAGGAGCUCCUCGUGCGCAAUGCCAACAGCGGACCAUCGAACAUGGCCGAGCAGGAGAAGAAAAUGACGCAGACAGUGUUGGCGAUUGUCUCGUGCUUUACGCUGACGCAAGGCCCAUCGGCCAUCGUGUUCAUCUGCCAAACAAUUUUCCCAUCGAAUCACUAUCUACCCUACAUCUCGGUAAUCGCCAACCAAUUAGUGCUCACUGGAAAAAUGCUCAAUGUCGUGCUCUUCUGCCUAACAUCGGAGACGUUCCGCCGUCGUUUGUGGCUCACUGUGCGAUUCUGGUGUACACUGAUCUUCUACGCGGGUCGCAACAAAUCAGACCGAUCGAACUUCACUCGAUCCAAAUCGGUAAUGACGCAAAAGACGUCGAUUGUCUAUUCGCCAUGCUCGAGAAAUUUCUCAACGAAUCGACGAGGAUCGGUGUCAAGCGACAGCAUCAAAACGAACGCACGACCGAUUCCGCUGGUGACAAUGACCGCUGAAGGCGGCUAUCCGACACCACCGACUGGCACCAGAUCAACCAAUGUGUAA